CUUGGCUUCGAGGGAGGGCGGCUGCAGAACAGAGAAUGGCUACCACACCCAGCACUGCACCACCAGUGCGGUCAUCCACUGCGCCGCGAGAGCGCCUGGCCCGCAUUUCAUCGCACGUUGAUGGCAAAGCAGCGUCUUCUUCAUCGGAUUCCGCCAACCGGAGUAGCAGCGGUAGCAGUAGCAGCAGCACUGGCUCUUCCCUCGCCGGGCGGCGCGCCCUGCAGCAUCUCAAGUGGAAUGGCUGGGGCUUCAAGGACACCCGGCUGCGGCUGAAUGCAGCCUCAGGGCUGAUAGAGCUGACUGGCAACCGGUACCUCUUCUCGGGCCACGUGCUGCCGGACAUCCGUAAGUUCGGCGAGGAGGACGGGGGCAUGACCUUCGACAGGAGGCUCAACACCGACACGCCAGUGCAGGUGCCCCAGCCCACCGUCAACAAGCCGUUUGUGGCGGCGAUUCGCGAGCAGCUGCCCGCCCUGGCCGUGGACCAUGGGAGUAAUGAUAAUGAGAGGAGAAGCAGUGAUGCCGAGGACGCAGCGGUAGCUGAGGCAGAGUCGCCACCCCCGCGGCUGUCAUUCGACAUCGAUGAGCGUCUGUUCCACAGCCAUGGCCAUACCCUGCAGGAGCUGUGGGUGCUCAAGACGUCCUCCGGCCCUCUACAGCGCACUGUCGACGCCGUCCUGUACCCCUCCUGCCAUGCAGACGUCGAGAAGGCCGUCGCGGCCGCCACCGCCCACAACGUGGCCCUCAUCCCAUUCGGCGGGGGCACCAGCGUGACGUGCGCCCUCCUCCCGCCCGCAGAGGAGAGCCGCAUGGUUGUGUCGGUGGACCUGACGACGAUGGCACGUGUGCUGUGGGUGGACAGGGAGAACGGCGUGGUGUGUGUGGAGGCGGGGGCGAGGGGCGCGGCGCUAGAGGAGGAGCUGGGUCGGUAUGGCCUGACCCUGGGCCACGAGCCGGACAGCUGGGAGUUCAGCACGGUGGGCGGCUGGGUGGCCACCCGCUGCUCGGGAAUGAAGAAGAACACCUACGGCAACAUCGAGGACCUCCUCGUCGAUGUCACAUGUGUCACGCCCACCGGCACUUUCACCCUGCGCAACCCUCCCCCCUCCCCUCCACCCACCGACACACCGGCACCGGCCGCCCCCCUCACAGGCCAGUGGCCGCGCAUUUCCUCUGGCCCUGACUGGCGUGAGGUCAUCCUAGGGUCGGAGGGGACGCUCGGGGUCGUCACGCAGGCCGUGCUGCGAGUGCGGCCCAAGCCGCGGGUGCAGCACUUCACCUCGCUGAUCUUCCCCGACUUCGACAGCGGCGUGGGCUGCCUCAAGGAGCUGGCCGACCGGCAGAUCUGGCCCACGUCCAUCCGCCUGAUGGACAACAGGCAGUUCCGGUUCGGCCUCUCGCUCAAGCCGACCUCUGGGGGCCUCGCGCGGCAGGCCAAGGAGGCAUUGGCCAAGUUCUACCUGCUGAGAGUGCGGGGGUUCGACCCGUAUCGGCUGGUGGCGGCGACGGUGCUGCUGGAGGGAGAUGAGGGCCACGUCAAGUACGUCGGCGGGGCGACGAGGGAGAUCGCACGGAGGUGGGGCGCAGUGGAGGCGGGGGAGGAGGCCGGCAGGCUGGGAUACUUCCUGUAAGCUUCCUGGGGGGCCUGGGGGAGGGAGGGAGGGAGAACUGACCAGCUCAGCUGCUGAUGCGUGGGCUGUAUUCGUCCAUGUGUGUGUGUGUGUGUGUUCAGGACGUUCAUGAUAGCGUACAUCCGCGACUUUUGCUUCGAGUACGGCUUCUUCGCAGAGAGCUUCGGUACCUUCCCCCCCCCCCCCCACACAGACAGAGAGAGAGAGAGAGAGCCAGCCUCUGCGCUUUUGUGUGUGUAUGUUGUCUCCUGCUCAGAGACGGCGGUGCCGUGGUCGCGUAUAAGCGCGUGUCGCGAGGCGGUGGAGGCUCAGAUCCGGGCCGACUGCGCCAGGCUGGGUGUGCGCGGCGAGCCGUUCGUGACGUGCCGCAUCUCGCAGAUCUACGACCAGGGCGUCUGCAUGUACUUCUACUUCGGAUUCAACUUCAUCCGGCUGCCGGUACGCCGCACACACACACACACGACCAGCCAUCCACCCCUCCCUCCCACCCCCGUGUGUGGUGUGUCAGGAGGGUGUUGACGCGAUGGCGGUGUAUUCUGAGGUGGAGGAUCGUGCGAGGCAGGCGAUUCUGUGGGCGGGGGGCUCGGUGUCGCACCACCACGGGGUGGGCAAGAUAAGGCGGCAGUACCUGGCCCCCACGGUGUCGGGCACUGGGCUGCGGAUGCUGCGGGCCGUCAAGACGGCCGUCGACCCCAACAACACAUUCGCAAAUGGGGCGCUAGACCCUGACUCCUCGGCGUCUUAGUGUGAAGGAACUGAUGUUUUGACCGGUUUUGUCCUUGUCCCGCCCGUCCUCUUAUGUGUAGUUGACGUCAGGAAUUCGCCGGCAGUGCGUGACGUGACAGUGUGGCUGUGUGGCUGUACAGCUGGUAGUGUGUGUGUGUGUGUGUGCCUGUCGGGGGAAGCCGCUGGCGUGUGCAGACGAACAUGUGCAUGUUUGUACACAGUUGAAUGAGUGAGAAUUAGCAUGUAUGUCUGACAUCGGGUCUCGUGAAGAAGUGCAAGCC